CCUCUCCGUCGUCAACCUCCAGUGACUCGGUCGAGGUCACGCGAUUAUUGACGGACUCGUAGUCAAUAUAAAUACUCUCACUAUCUCCGUACUCUGCACUUCGCUACAUUUCCGCCCUUAUACACGUCCCGAACCCCGGACUAUGUAGCUAUGGCCCACAUCGUCCAAUAUACCCCAUGGACCUCCGAUCUCGAGCUCGGCUUCUUCGCCGGCCUCGCCAACCUCAAGAUCAACCAUGACAAGCUCGAUGACUCCGCCCGGAAGGUGCUGGGCUUGUACGAAAUCCGAUCCGGAGAUGCGCCUGAGCGGAGCUGUCGCAUGCAGAUCCACGGGAAUGCGCUAACUGCAGAUGAGGUUCCUGCUGGCUACUAUCGAGGGGAGGGGAUCAUCAAGAACUUCAAUACCAUCGAGGACUAUAAGAACGCGGAUCGCGUCGCGGUAGUGGAACGCGCCGGACGAACAAUAUGGGACGCUAUCAAAGAUGGCUCCAUCUACUCCUGCCCUUCGCUCCUCUCCUCAUUCUCCGCCGUUUCUUUUGCCGACCUGAAGAAGUACAAGUUUCAAUACCACUUUAACUUUCCCGCCUUGCAUUCGGAUCCGCCAUGGAAGUCCGACCACGCGCCCGAGGACCCCGCCAUACAUCUGGGAGUGAAGGAGACCACCGCGUUGGUGGACAAGGUGCAGACCUGGAGAUACUCCGUCGACGCUCGGCAACAUGGGUUCUUCCUUGCGAAGCGGGUCAAGGCCACGAACGACCCGCCCGAAGACGACGGGAAUUUGCAUCCGCGACCACCGAAGCCGGCGGACGAACUCGGUUUCAGUUGGAGCGUCGCGUCAUUGUCGACCUUCGAAGCAGGAUUCUUCGAGGGUGUGGAGCCGCAGGACCGAUUCGUGUGUUUCGCCGACCCAUCGACAUACCCAAAGAACCCGGCGUGGAUGCUUCGGAAUCUCCUAGUGCUCAUCCGCCAACGCUGGCACUUGAACGAGGUGCAGAUCCUCUGUUACCGCGAUACGCAUAUCAAACGCGAUCAGGCGAAUAGCGUGAUCCUCCAUUUGAAAUCCACCGUCCCCGAACCCGUCUCGGAACAUACCUCUUCCACGAUGCCCAAAGUGACGGGUUGGGAGAGGAAUGAUCGAAAUACAUUGAGCAGCCGGAUUGUCGACCUGUCCGAGUACAUGGACCCCACGCGGCUUGCGGACCAGGCCGUUGAUCUGAAUCUGAAACUUAUCAAGUGGAGGAUCGCGCCGAGCAUCGACCUCGACAUUGUCAAGAACACUAAGUGUUUACUACUUGGCGCUGGCACUCUGGGAUCGUACGUCUCGAGGAAUCUGCUAGGAUGGGGGGUGCGGAAAAUCACCUUUGUCGACAAUGCACGCGUGUCAUUCUCGAACCCUGUUCGUCAACCUCUCUUCGAUUUCAAGGACUGUUUAGAAGGCGGUGCGAUGAAGGCGCAUCGUGCCGCUGAGGCGUUGGGGGGGAUCUAUCCUGGCGUACAGAGCGAAGGUCACGCAAUAACCGUGCCGAUGUUGGGCCAUCCGACCCUGUCCAACGAAGCGGAUAACAAAGCCAAGGUAGACUUUGAGACGCUCCAACGUCUAGUGGAGGAACACGAUGCUAUCUUCUUGCUCAUGGACACGCGCGAGAGCCGAUGGCUACCGACGUUGAUGGGCAAGGCGGCGGGCAAGAUCGUCAUGAAUGCUGCGUUAGGGUUUGAUUCGUAUGUCGUGAUGCGGCAAGGCUUACCGCCGAGAAAAGAUGGCGAAGCAGAAGUGGGAUGUUACUUCUGUUCAGACAUUGUCGCAGCGGCGGACUCCCUCAAAGACGCUACUCUCGACCAGCAGUGCACCGUCACUCGUCCUGGCAUUGCUCCCAUCGCGUCUGCACUUCUCGUCGAACUGUUCGUCUCCAUUCUUCAGCACCCGCUCGGCGCACAUGCGCCUCCUUCAUCCACCCCGUCCCCUCUCCCACCAUCAGCGUCCGGCGACUCAAAACCGCAUCCACUCGGCGCGCUACCCCACCAGCUUCGUGGCUUCCUCUCCGACUUCUCCUCACGUACUCUUUCCGGACCUUCGUAUCCCUACUGCAGUGCCUGCUCGUCCAAGGUAAUUGACGCAUACAACGAGGGGGGAUGGGAUUUUGUCCGAAGGGCAGUGAAUGAGAAAGGUUUCGUGGAGGAACUAUGCGGCUUGGCUCAAGUCCACAGGGAGGCGGAGGCGGCGGACGCGAUGGUGGAGUGGGAGGAUGAUGAGGAUGGCGAAGAGCUGAAUGCAGAAGGGGAGCUUUUAUAGUUCCCAUACGCUGUUACCAAUCGAUGACCCCGAGUCGCAUGUAUUAGAUGAGAGAGACGCGGUUUAUGAGGAAUGUAACAUGCUAUUCUGACCACGUCCCUUGGAUCCAUCGCUAAAGCAUGAGGAAUGACGUUCUAAGGUCAAAGAUUAAGAGCAUCCAUGCUCCGUCACACAACUUGAGUGAUGGCUACACACACUAAUUCAUCACCCCACGACGGAAUUGAGUGAAAGUUUCUAUGCCCCUUCCGUGCCAAGUUGUGAAGGCGAUGGGUUCCCCAGCGCAC